AUGCUGGAGCCAAGUGCCAUCCACAGUUAUGAGGCACCAGCCUAUCGAAGCAACCCGCCCUCUCCCUCGGAAGGCCUGCCACCGAGUCUGCCUUUCCAUUGUGCAGUCCUGGAGUCCGCAGAUGCUUGCGGUGGUCCGUCCCCGGCCCUGCUCCACUCGUUGCGGGAGCAAGGCUGCAAGCUCAUCCUCGCCCAGGUAGAGGAUGUGGAAGAGGAGGAAAGGAGUCCGCCGAGGGAAAAAGUCAGCGCAGACAACAGCCCUUUCAAACGAAACAGCGCGCCAAGGGCAUACCGACCCACAUCUCUAAAUCGAGAGUGGUUCGACGCUGUGUUUGACAAGGUGCUGCCCAUAACAGGGGAAGAGGGUGGAGGAAACAGUCCUCUAGAGCGCUUCUUUGCCGAUGAAGGCACACCUUCAUCGCAAGCCGUCUGCUUCGCGUGCUCCGAUGCGGGGUCCAAGGCAUUUGCUGCUAUGGACGCUGGCCUUGUUCUCGCGCCGGACCAUGAUUUGGUGUGGCGCAGGACCGAGGAGGAGGAUGCUAUACAGUUGCCUGGUGCAGACUGUGCCUUGUCACAAAGCCCUACGGCACGACAGCUAGCAUGGCUUCACGAGGUCUUCACUCAGAAGCUGUGGUGCUGCUGCAUGUGGCUCGCACCAGCUCCCGAAGAGCUUCGCCACAACGCAGGACUACCGAGCGACAGCCCCUCUGCCUACGAGCGUGCAACGAUAACCUCCGUGGCAAGUGGUACAUUGCAAGCGCUCGGCCAUCCGCCAUGGUCUUCAAAGUGGGAGACCUUUUUGCAGGAAGGGGAAGAGACCUAUCCUUGUAUGGCCGUUCUCGGUGAUGAAAUGUCUGCAUGUCCGGACUGGACUCCGUUGGAGCCGCGCUUCCGCUGUCGAGGGACUCUGCGUGAGCUCGUUGCGCUCCCGAAAGUAGUUUUGUACUGCCAUUCUCUGGACGUUGGCUUGGCCAAAGUGCAUCACCUUAUCGAGGCACAAGAUGUGAACGGCUUGGUCGUGCGAGUGAGCAGUAACCGCCUGUGCAGCUUGUGCCGGGAGGGGACUGCCGGGACCGAGAUGUCAGUGACAUUAGUGUCUUGCAACAGCAAGAACUGGCCGGAUAUUUGCAUUCGCUCCAGCUUGUUGUGCAAGCAUCUUCCGAAAGGUUUCACUCUGUAUGGUUUUCCGUCCGUGGACAUUUCGAGAGGGAAGGCAAUGCUGACGGCAGCAUACCAGGACGAACAGGGCCAAAUAGUCCUGGUCCGAGCCUGGCAUCGAGUAUGCAAAGAUGACGGCAGAGGGGAUGUCGAACUGAACAUUGGUGGCGACAUGAACUGCGCCGGCCUGAGAUAUUCCGCUGAGGCUAGUGCAUUUUGGGGUACGGUCCGCAAAGAUGCAUGUGAGGUGGAUAUCAUCUUCUGCAAUCCCCGACGUGGCACCAGAUACACGGUGGAGAAGGUCGUGUCUGUCAUUGCCAACAGUGGUCGGCUCAGGCUGUCCUUGGGUGUCAGCGUUCCAACAAACCGCUUCCAAAAGUUCCUCUCAAGAGCCGACUCUGUGGCCAGCGAAAUGGAAGACGGGGAAGAUGAGCCGUUGACACUUCCUGAAGUGGAAGAGGAACACUGCUCGGCUUGGCGUGCAGAGUGGGACAAGGCUGACAUUGAGCUGGAGGCCUCUCGGGGCCUCGGUGCUCUGACCACUUCUGGCAGGGGCAGCCCAUGUGUUCAGCCAUGGAUGUGCCAUGGCGAUCCUAACAUGAGCAAAAGCAUCAUUGACAGGCUGCUGGAUACCCAGUACACACAAGAGACCUUGCGUGAUGAGGACUGCUGGGCAGAAACUCAAUGCGAUUCCACACAACCAGAUUCAGAGCUAUGUCCAACCAAACCUUGGGAUGUGGAGCCAACACCUGGCCACGACGUGUGCACUACAGAUGAAGAUGUGGAAACCACGGCGAGCGAGGGAGAUGACAAGGAGGAUCACAGGCUCCAGGUACCUUCUUGCGGCAUUCAUGAAGUCGCAGAGGCCGACAUUGCUGCCGGGUGCAAUGCUGCAGCUCUGCGAAGCAGCGAAGAUUUGGAGCUCUGGCUGCGAAAGCUUGGGGGUCUGGGUCAGAACAGCCCUCUUCAUCCCCCUCCUCCGCGCAGCUUCGCAAGACAAGCGGAGGCGAUACGAUACCUGGAAGGUCUCCUUGCUCAAGGCGUUUACCGGCUGCAUCAGCUCGGCCUUUUCUCCCGCGAGUUCUCUUCCUCGGGCUGCAGACGCUUCUUUGUCGAUACGAAAGUGGGCUUUGCGCUAACAUCUGCACCGAGCUCGAAGCAGUGUGAUGAGGUUCCCGGCAAAUGGCCGCAACAACAUCUGUACGAGGUGUUGAUGGAGACGCAGCCCUGCUGGCUUUAUUUUGAUUUAGAGUUUGCUAGAUGUGUGAACCCCAGCCUCGACCCGGGCAAAGUUAUCUCGGCGUUCUACGAUCUCCUGAACGAGUUCUGCUUCUCAACCUUUGGUUCGACAUUGGAUACAGACUCCGUCUUUGAACUCGAUUCGACCACAGACGAAAAGUUUUCCAAGCACGUGAUCGCCAAACGCUUGGGCGGGCAGUACCACUUCCAGUCGCUGGCAUUCCCGAACAAUGCUCAAGCAGGAUACUUUGUCAAAAAGUUCAUGGACUUUGUGCGGGACCAGCAUGUGGCCACUCUGUUGCACAGACGCACUGUCACAACUCCGCUUACCAGAAAGUUGAGCUUAGCUGCUAAGGCGCGACGAUGUGCUGCUAGCUUGCUUUUCGCUCGGGCGAAGCCCAAAAAGCAGAAGGAGAAUCAGCAAGUACCUGCGAAUGAGGGUCCAGCGGCAGAGACUCCUGCCAUUUUCCUGCCCGACAUGAAGGCCUCGGCGGAUGCAGGAUCUCCUCUUCCUGAGGUUCCAGUCGUCGACGAAUCCGUGUAUACUCGAAAUCGGUGCUUCCGGGUGCUGUUCAGCUCCAAAUUUGGGAAGCGUCGGCCGCUGCUACCGACUUGGAAGAGCGCUCCAGUCGUGGCGCUCUUUGAGAGCCUUGUAGCUGGCGUUCCGGAAGGCACGCCGCUCUUCAGGCAUCCGUUUCUUUCACCGGACUUGCAGCACAAAGAUCUUCGACGAAGCUGCCUGGACACGUCCGCGCAUGUGCGCCCGCGGCUCACGGCAGAUGAUGUUAAGGAGUUGCCGCUUUCCGACAAUGCAGCACUUCACCGGUACCUUGUCGAGUUGUGGGACGACGUGCGCAUCAAGAACGAGGGACAAGAAGCCUUUCCAAAUCCAACUCGCGUUCAGCGAAGUCUGUUGAUGGGAAGCGGAGAGUACAUGGUGGUUUCCUUGGUCAAUAACCGCUUUUGUUUCAAGAAGGGUGCAUCCCACAAGUCUAACGGCAUCUACUUGGUGAUCAACCGCAAGCGCUGGGUGGUGUAUCAGAAAUGCCAUGAUGCUGCCGACUGUCCAGACUUCCGGUCGCACGAGUUUGCCUUGCCCGAGGCCUUGCGUCCUGAAGGGGCCGUGCCAGCGGAUACUUCUGAAAACGAGGCAGUGGAGGAAGACCAUGACCCGGUAUCGCAGGCUGCCUUCGAGAUCUCGAAGCCCAUGCCGAGCGCUGUGCAGACUGAGGAGGACCUGCUUGGGGCAAAAGCCAAGAAGGCAGCCCUUUCGACUUGCAUUUUUGAGAUCGCAGCGGCGCUUUGGGCAGGCUGUUUCGAUUUCAUCAAGUUUCGCGAGACGAAGCCGUGGGAAUUGGAGGCCAGAGAGCUUUUUGUGAUCACCAGUGCUGGGAUGUUGCCUGGCCCGGGCUGUCCGACUGUAGGUGCUUUGUUCAAGAACCUCUUGCAAGACCUCUGCUGGGACCGACCUUCUUCAAUCGUCACCUCCAGGGUGCUGGUGCACGACCCGCGAACUCCUCCUGUCGUGAGGAUAGAGCCGAAGGUUCCUCCUGAUUGCCAUCGAAUGCGCUUCAACGCAGCCUUAGGCUGGAGAUGGCACAGAUUCACGCUUUCGCCGGGUAAGGUCCAGAUCCUUGUUCAAGGCCCCAUUCUUGUGUCGCAGGCCGGUGGAACCUCCAAGAGGCACAUCGAGUCCGGUGUGCCCUGA